CCUGGCUUAUGGGUCUCUAGGGCCAGUGCUCCCGUGGCAGCAUGGCAGUCAGGACUGUAGUCAGCGUCUGCCCCUCAGGCAUCACAGAAGCCAGCCCACAUUUCCAGGCAUUGCUGAGAAGAGGACUGUUGGUUUGAGUUCUCCUGCGCAGACGUGGGACAGGCCGGCAAGUGCGGCCAUGACUGAAAAGUGUGCCGCAGUUUAACCCCUUCCACGAUGAGCUCCAAGGACCCCAAGAAACGCUCCCAAGACGAGAAGAGCAGAACCACAAUCCAGGAAAAAUUCACCAGUACCUUUCCGUACAGGUUCUCCUGGCUGACGGAUCCCAGCGCGCAGCUGCCGGAGCCCUGGGAGGCCACGAAGGCGGACCCCUGGCUGCAGGGUCGGCUGCCCCUGCAGAAGAUGCUCGUGCCAACGAGAUCCAUUCCGGUGAGAGGGGUUCUGUGUGGCUUCCCUAGGCUGGGGGCACCAGAUUUCAUACCACUGUCCAGCUUCAACCCACGGCCACCACCACCUCCACUGAGCUACCUUUGGGAAUUCAAGCUACUGAGCCACCGCUUCCCACGGUCAGGGUCAGGCACCCCUGCUGCCCACACCUCCAGAGGCCUCUCCUGGAGCCCGGCCCCGCAUGGCCCCCUCCGCCACCCUGUCCCUGGGGCUCUGGGCAGCAGCCGCAGAGCACUCCCUUCUGGAAAGAGGUAGACUUUAGUGAGGGGAGCAGCCUCCAAGGGGCUAAGCAUCUCAGAGCCCACGCCAUGUGAAUAAACAUCGUACAUUCACAUCCUGUU